GGGUAUUAGAUGCAAAUAAACUAAAACCGCCAUUCCAACUUCAUUCACAGCCUAACAAGAAACCAAAAAUCCACAGAAAUUACAUUCUACCAAUGGCUUCUUCUUUGAAGGAACUCUGCAUCUUCUCAAGAAAUGUUACAAACUUCCUCUCAAAAUCAAGAACCCAAGUUUCUGCUUUCUUCACUCUGUUCUUCUUCACCGUAACCUUCCUCCUCUUCAUCAUUUUCUUAUCCACCUCCAACUCCAACACCUCUCCUUCAAUCAUCACCACUAACAUUCUUUCGUCUCGCCUUCACUCGGCCUCGUUUACUUCCAUUGAUUCUUCCCAUACUAGCAGUACAGUUUCAGCACCUACAAACUUUCCAAGAAAAUCUUGGAUUUACGUUCCCAUUGAAGAGGAAACUUCUUCUUGUGAUAUUUUUGAUGGUGAAUGGAUAGAGGAUAAUGAUCUUCAACCGCUUUAUAAACCGGGUUCUUGUCCGUUUAUUGAUGAAUCUUUGAACUGUUUCAAGAAUGGACGCCGUGAUACUGAUUAUCUCAGGCUUAGAUGGACGCCACAUGGUUGUGAGAUCCCAAGGUUUGAUGGGUUGAAAAUGUUGAAGAUGUUGAGGGGGAAAAGACUGGUUUUUGUGGGGGAUUCUUUGAACAGGAACAUGUGGGAAUCUUUGGUUUGUGCCUUGAGAAAUUCACUCAGUGAUAAGAGCAGAGUGAAUGAAGUUUCUGGCCGCCGUGAGUUCAGAAGUCAAGGAUUUUAUUCCUUCAAAUUUAAGGAUUUCAAAUGCUCAAUUGACUUCAUAAAAUCGCCAUUCCUAGUUCAAGAAUGGAAGUUCUCGGAUAAAGCAGGAGCACGCCGCGAAACUCUAAGGCUGGAUACAAUCCAUGGUUCUCUUACUAAGUACCGGGAUGCUGACAUUAUCAUCUUCAACACUGGUCAUUGGUGGACUCACCAGAAAACUCACAAACUGAAUAACUACUUUCAAGAAGGGACUCAUGUGUAUAACAGAUUGGAAGUGGCAGAUGCAUAUACUAAGGCAUUGAAGACAUGGGCACAUUGGGUUGAUACUACGAUCAACAGCACCAGAACUAGGGUGUUUUUUAGGGGAUACUCAGCUUCUCAUUUCAAAGGUGGUCAAUGGAACUCAGGAGGGAACUGUGAUGGGGAGACAAAACCGAUAAGAAACGAGACACAAUUAGCUCCAUAUCCAUGGAUGAUGAGGGUUCUUGAAUCAGUAAUAUCAGAAAUGAAAACACCAGUUGUUUAUCUCAACAUUACAAAGAUGACAGACUAUAGAAAAGAAGGUCACCCUUCAAUUUUCAGAGAAGCAAAAUCAAAGAGGAGGGCAGGGAUGUUCCAAGACUGCAGCCAUUGGUGUCUUCCUGGGGUACCAGAUUCUUGGAAUCAGCUACUUUAUGCAACUUUGGUUGAUUCACAGCAAAAGUUUUCCCAGCCCAAAUAAGCCAUCACUCUCUCUGGCCUUUUCCUAAGGUCUUGUAAUCUGUAAAUAUGAUCAAAUACACAGUUCUCUUUAGUCCACUUGCUUUAAAGUUUGGUUACAGGUGAUUGGGGGAUUACAAUAUUCACAUAUUUGGAGGAAGAAGUAUUCCUUUAGAAAGUUGGAGGAAAGUUGCUGAAGUUAGAGUUCAGGAACAAAAGUGCGGAACUGAAGGUCUGUUGCUUAGUGAUACAAAUUUUGCUUGGAGCUACGUAUAGCAAACAGAUUAACUAAUAUUUUAAUCUUAGAACUGGAAGAAAGAACACUGCUCUAAGUUCAAUAUGCUGGAUUAGGAUACUUGAAAAUG